AUGUGGCUGCGCUUGCUGAGCCGCGAGUCGUACGUGCUGUGCUACGACCCGCGCACCCGCGGCGCGCUCUGGGUGGUGGAGCAGCUGCGACCGGAGCGUCUCCGCGGCGACGGCGACCGGCGAACAUGCGACUUCCGCGAGGACGACUCGGUGCACGCCUACCACCGUGCCACCAACGCCGACUACCGCGGCAGCGGCUUCGACCGCGGCCACCUGGCCGCAGCCGCCAACCACCGCUGGAGCCAGAAGGCCAUGGACGACACGUUCUACCUGAGCAACGUCGCGCCCCAGGUACCCCACCUCAACCAGAAUGCCUGGAACAACCUGGAGAAAUACAGCCGCAGCUUGACCCGCAGCUACCAAAACGUCUAUGUCUGCACAGGGCCACUCUUCCUGCCCAGGACAGAGGCUGAUGGGAAAUCCUAUGUGAAGUACCAGGUCAUCGGCAAAAACCACGUGGCAGUGCCCACACACUUCUUCAAGGUGCUGAUCCUGGAGGCCGCAGGCGGGCAAAUCGAGCUCCGCUCCUACGUGAUGCCCAACGCACCUGUGGACGAGGCCAUCCCACUGGAGCGCUUCCUGGUGCCCAUUGAGAGCAUUGAGCGGGCCUCGGGGCUGCUCUUUGUGCCAAACAUCCUGGCGCGGGCAGGCAGCCUCAAGGCCAUCACAGCGGGCAGUAAGUGAGGGCAGAGCCCAGCAAGGCUGGGCGUGUGCAGGCCGGGGAGCAUUAAAGGUGGUGAUUUUUGGAGACAA